GUGGGAAGAAAGGCGUACCGCAAGUGGAAGGGUCCAUUACAUAAACCAUGUCACAAGAACUACACAGUGGGAAAGACCAACAAGGCCUGCUGCAGAGUGUGUUGCUGACCGUGCUUCACGGCGGUUAAGCAUGAACAUCAAUUCUUCGUCAUCCUCAUUAACUAAUCAAAACUCAGGUGCUGGCUCAUCAUCAUUAUCAUCAUCAUCAUCGCCGUCUCAGCAGCAACAACAGCAACAACGUCUAACUAAUGGCAGUAGCCCUGGCAAUGGAGCCAGUACAGGCGGCAGUGGCAGUAGUGGUUCUAACAAUACAAACAAUGCAACUAGUCCAAGUGGCGGGUCCAGCAGUAACGCUGGCAGUGAGCGGGGUAGUUCCCGACGCAGGUCCACAAGGCAUCGGAAUUAUCUCAACAGAUCUCAUUUAGUACAGGCAGUGGAGUUGCCUGAUGGUUAUGAACAAAGAACGACCCAGCAAGGCCAGGUGUAUUUCCUCCAUACCAGCACUGGAGUCAGUACGUGGCAUGAUCCCCGAGUCCCACGGGAUCUCCCCACACAGCUAACAGAGGAGGAGCUAGGUCCACUUCCCCCAGGCUGGGAGCUGAGGAAUACUGCCAAUGGGAGGGUCUACUAUGUAGAUCAUAAUAACAGGACAACUCAGUUCACAGAUCCCAGGAUAUCACAAAAUCUAGCUGCCAUUCAGCAGAGGAUACAAAAUAAUAACAAAGAAAACGAAUCACCAGUACCUAAAUAUAAAAGGGACCUUGUACAUAAACUGAAAAUUUUAAGACAAGAACUUCAGCAGACCCAACCUCAGACAGGACAUUGUCGAGUGGAGGUCUCCAGAGAGGAAAUAUUUGAGGAGUCCUACCGACAAGUGAUGAAAAUGCGACCCAAAGAUUUGAAAAAGAGACUUAUGGUUAAGUUUCGCGGUGAAGAGGGUCUAGACUAUGGGGGUGUGGCCAGGGAGUGGCUGUACCUCCUUUCCCAUGAAAUGCUCAACCCUUAUUAUGGCCUUUUCCAAUACUCAAGAGAAGACAUUUACACACUGCAGAUUAAUGCAGAUUCGGGAGUUAAUCCGGAGCAUUUGUCCUACUUCCAUUUUGUGGGUCGUAUCAUAGGAAUGGCCAUCUACCAUGGCCACUACUUAGACGGAGGUUUCACUCUUCCAUUCUACAAGCAGCUCCUAGGAAAGCCAAUCACAUUAGAAGACUUGGAGACAGUGGAUCCUGAACUACACAGGAGUCUUUGUUGGAUGUUAGAAAAUGACAUCACAGAAGUUAUCCAUAAUUCAUUUAGUGUAGAGCACAAUGCCUUUGGUGAGAUCCAGGUCCAUGACCUGAAGCCAGAGGGGAAGGAUAUUCCAGUUACAGAAGAAAAUAAAAGGGAAUAUGUCAGGUUAUAUGUGAACUGGCGGUUUAUGCGAGGAAUUGAGGCUCAGUUUUUAGCUUUACAAAAAGGCUUCAAUGAACUCAUACCACAGCAUUUACUCAAGCCUUUUGAUGAUAGGGAACUAGAGCUUAUGAUUAGUGGGCUGGGAAAAAUAGACUUAGAAGACUGGAAACUCCAUACACGGCUAAAACACUGCACCCCAGAUACCCCAAUAGUCAAGUGGUUCUGGAGGGCUGCUGAUGAAUUUGAUGAAGAGAAAAGGGCAAGACUCCUGCAAUUUGUCACUGGCAGUUCAAGAGUGCCUCUCCAAGGCUUCAAAGCUUUACAAGGACUGCUUGGUUCCACAGGUGCCUCUGGUCCCAGGUUGUUUACCAUUCAUUUGGUGGAUACCAACACAGACAACUUACCUAAAGCUCACACAUGUUUCAAUAGGAUAGACAUCCCUCCGUAUGAGAACUAUGAGAAACUGCUAGAAAAAUUGACUUGUGCUGUGGAGGAAACAUGUGGCUUUGCUGUAGAAUGAUAAGAGCAAGAAGAUAUUGAGGGUCUGUCUUGCAUAUCUUCCCCUGUCACAUGAUGUAUUGGCACCCUACUAGUCAGUCACACUUGUUAGAGGAAGGAUUGACGUGUGAAGGGCAUCACGAGAUACUACCCAUUUUGUUGAUGUUUUGGCAGUGAGAAGGGCAUAUUGUUUUGACAAUACUUCCAGUAUGCUUCAGUGACAACAACUAUGUAGAGGUGUGAUGUUGUGAUAUGCUGUGGCAAUGAAAUCGCAGUAUUGCAAGCAAAGGGGGAGGAUAACACAGGCGGAGGAGGAGGAAGAAGUGGAUGUUUACAUGUACCUCACUCACAUACACGCAAGU